AUGGCGGACGCUGUCGCAGAUGCCGCUGCCAAACUGCAGAUCGGCGAUGCGCCAGCAGACAACGGCGCAAAGCUCCAGCUCGACGAGGAGACGGGCGAGUGGGUUUCCAAGGGAGAGCUGAAGAAGCGGCUGGCGAAGCGCGCAAAGAAGGCGAUUAAGGAUAAAAACAAAGAUGCGAAGGAUGCGGCUGGUGCGCCCAAGGCAGCCCAGGCUGCUGCUGCGCCGAAGAAGCCAAAGGAGAAAGCAGAGGAGGCUCCUAUCGACACCGACGCCAUGUUCAAGCAGGGGUUCCUCAACGACGUUUACAACGAACGGCCCGAAAAGGAUGUUUUCACGCGAUUCCCGCCUGAGCCUAAUGGCUUCCUUCAUAUUGGCCACGCCAAGGCCAUUGCCGUCAACUUUGGCUUCGCGCGAUAUCACGGGGGCAAAUGCUACUUGAGGUUCGAUGACACCAACCCCGAGGCUGAGGAAGAAGUGUACUUUACGGCCAUUGAGGAGAUGGUACGAUGGCUCGGGUUCGAGCCCUACAAGAUCACGUACUCGAGUGACAACUUUGAUAAGCUGUACGAAUUGGCCGAAAAGCUUAUUACACUCGACAAGGCUUACGUCUGCCAUUGCGGGGACGAAGAGAUCAAGCUGCAGCGCGGUGGUGAGAAGGGGACGAGCCCACGCUAUCGGUGCAAGCACGCCGAGCAGUCAGUCGACGAAAAUCUUCAGAAGUUCCGGGACAUGCGUGAUGGGAAAUACAAGCCAAGGGAAGCAUUCUUGCGCAUGAAACAGGACAUCACCGAUGGCAACCCUCAAAUGUGGGAUCUUGCCGCUUACCGCGUGUUAGACAAGCCCCAUCACAGGACAGGGUCGAAAUGGAAGAUCUACCCUUCCUACGACUUUACCCACUGCUUGUGCGAUAGCUUCGAGGGCAUCACGCACUCGCUCUGCACGGUCGAAUUCUUCCUUAGCAGGACCUCCUACGAGUGGCUAAACAAGGAGCUCGUGGAGUUCCAGCCCAUGCAGCGAGAAUACGGCCGCCUCAGCCUCUCGGGUGCCCUCAUGUCCAAGCGCAAGCUGAAAGAACUGGUGGACAAGAAGAUUGUACGGGGGUGGGAUGACCCUCGUCUCUCCACGCUGAUUGCGGUCCGCCGGAAAGGUGUACCUCCAGGCGCCAUCCUCGAGUUCGUCAACGAGCUUGGCGUGACCACGGCCAACAGCAUCAUUCAGGCCUCUCGAUUUGAUCAGACCAUCCGGCGCUACCUCGAGCGGACGGUGCCGAGGCUGAUGGUUGUCCUCGACCCGGUGCCCGUUGUAAUUGAGGAUGCUGAUGAGUUCGAAGGGACCGAGCUCACGGCGCCAUUCUCGCCAAAGAACCCGGCCAUGGGCGAGCACAAGAUCAAGUUCACCAAGACGGUCUACAUUGAUCGAUCUGACUUCCGUGAGGUCGACAGCAAGGACUACUUCCGUCUAGCACCCGGGAAGUCGGUCGGUCUGCUCCAGGCGCCGUUCCCCAUCAAGGCGACCAGCUUCACCAAAGACGAGGCGACGGGUCAGGUGACCGAGAUUCGCGCUGUAUUUGAUCGCGAGACGAAGAAACCCAAGACCUUCAUCCAGUGGGUUCCCGCGGGUGAAGGUUCGGGGUCCCGCAAGUGUGAGGUGCGCCUCUAUAGCCCCCUGUUCAAGUCGGACAACCCGGCGGCUGCCGAAGGCGGGUUCCUCGGCGAUCUCAACCCUGAGAGCGAGGUGGUCUACCCGAAUGCCGUGAUCGAGUCGGGCUUCGACGAGAUCAAGGCGCGGGCACCCUGGCCCGAGGCUGCCGGCGAGGACAAGCUGGGUAAGGGCGGCCCGGAGUCGGUGCGCUUCCAGGGGAUGCGUGUGGCAUACUUUGCCAUGGACUCGGAUAGCACAGAUGACAAGAUUGUGCUUAACCGCAUAGUCUCGCUGAAGGAAGAUAGGGAGAAGAGCUGA